AUGGCGUGGCAGCCACAACCAGCGCAGCUGCACCAGCUGGCACAGUUCCUACGAGACUCGCUCAGCGGCCAUGAUGUCGCGGCUCAGCGGAAUGCGGAUCAGAUGCUUCGUCAAACCAAGGACUCUCCCGACAUCAACAACUACCUCACAUACCUCUGCAUCACACCCAUAUCGAAUACCGGCUUGACGCCGCAACACUACCUCGCAGCACGGAGUGCUGCAGCUAUCAUGCUGAAAAACAAUGUCAAGACGUCGUACAAACAGAUUCCAGCACCGAGCCAGCAGUAUGUCAAAUCGCAAGUACUACAAGGGCUGCAAGAUGGGAACACACAGAUUCGCAACUAUGUCGGAAACGUCAUAACGGAGGUGGUGCGACAGGGUGGUAUUACCGGCUGGCCACAGGUCCUUCCAGACUUGGCCAGUAUGGUUGCGGAUGAGAGUCGUGGCGAUGCUCAAGAGGGUGCCAUGGGUGCAUUGUUCAAGAUUUGCGAAGAUAACCGGAAAGCUCUGGACCAGGAGUACCAAACGCAACGACCACUUGCAUUCCUCCUGCCAAAGCUCGUUGAGUUCACACGGAGCAGUAAUCCCAAAAUCCGAUCAAAGGCUCUGGCCGCAAUCAACGUCUUCAUCACACAGCCCAUUGCACUGACCAUUCGCGAGCACAUCAACGACAUCCUGCCCGAGAUCGUACGACUAUCAACAGACACCAACGAUGAUGUCCGCAGAUUCGUUUGCCGAGCAUUCGCAUUACUGGCGAGCUCCAUGCCGCAGAUUCUAGUACCGCACGUGCAAGGGAUCGUGGAGUACACAUUGACCCAGCAGAAGGACGUCCACAACCAAGAGCUGGCGCUGGAUGCUGCUGAAUUCUUCUUCGAGGCAAGCAGUAAUACUGCACUGCGAACAGCAAUGGGUCCAUACCUGCCACAGAUCGUGCCUGUACUACUGGACUGCAUGAUCUACAGCGAUGACGACCAAUUGCGACUUGAGGGUGACGAUGAGGACGCUGAUGUCGAGGAUGAUAUUCAAGACAUCAAGCCCACAUUCGCUAAGGAGAAGACAUCACAUCGGGAUGCAGUCGCUGGCACGGCUACGUCGAACGGCGUAAAGCCUGCGGUGAAUGGCUACCAGUAUGCAGACGACGACGAUCUGAGUGACGGCGAGAUCGACGAGGAAGAUCUUGACGACAUCGAUCCGGAAGAGGAGUGGAAUCUACGAAAGUGCUCGGCCGCUGCUCUUGACAGUCUUGCAGGUCACUUUCAUGGCGCAGUAUUCAAAGAAGUCCUCCCCUGGUUGAUGGAAAAUCUGCAGCACAAGGACUGGCCGAACAGAGAAGCAGCUGUCCUUGCUCUUGGUGCAAUUGGUCUUGGAUGCAUGGAAGACAUCAAGCCACACCUCAAAGAUCUCAUCCCUUACAUGCUGUCACUUCUUGGAGACGAGCAGCCAGUGGUGCGGCAAAUCACCUGCUGGUCCCUCAGCCGAUUCGCACAGUGGGCCGCACACGACGAAAACGCACCAAAGAAUCAAUUCUUCGAACCAAUGAUGGACGGUCUUCUCAAGCGAAUGCUUGAUAGCAAUAAAAAGGUCCAAGAGUCUGCGGCUUCUGCUUUUGCGGCGCUUGAGGAGAAGGCAAACGUGCAGCUGGCACCGUACUGCAACAUCAUCCUUCAGCAAUUUGUCAGGUGCUUCAACAAGUACAAGGACAAGAAUAUGUACAUCCUGUACGACUGCGUCCAGACUCUGGCCGAGCACGCAUCACCAACUCUUGCGCAACACGAGAAUGUCAACCUGCUCAUGCCCGCUUUGAUCGAGAGGUGGACGCUCGUACAGGACCAGUCGCGAGAGAUGUUCCCUCUGCUGGAGUGUCUGUCAUUCGUCUCCACUGCUUUGGGUCCGGAGUUUGCACCAUAUGCGCCGCCGUUGUUCAUGCGCUGCAUCAAACUCAUCCAGCAGAACCUCGAAGACAGCAUGACCGCAGAACAGUCGUACAUGGAUACACCUGAUAAGGACUUCCUCGUCACCAGCCUGGACCUCCUGAGCAGUAUCAUUCAAGCUCUCAAUGAAUCGCAGAGCGUCGAACUUGCAAAGUCCGCACAGCCCAACAUGUUCCAGCUGCUGGCAUACUGCAUGCGCGACAGCAACAACGACGUUCGACAGUCCGCAUACGCACUGCUGGGCGAUUGCGCCAUCUACAUCUUCUCCCAACUGCAGGCCUUCCUCCCUGACGUGAUGGAGAUCCUCAUCGGACAACUUGACAUCAAUGAACCCACAGAGGACCCCGAGACGGCUUUCCGAGUCAUUAACAACGCCUGCUGGUCGUGCGGGGAGAUUGCCAUGAGGCACAAAGAAGGCAUGGCGCCUUACGUGGACCGUGUCCUCGCAAAACUCGCCGUCAUCAUGUUCAGCACUGAAGUGCCAGAGUCUCUGAACGAGAAUGCUGCCAUCGCCCUCGGCCGCCUGGGUAUCGGCUGCCACCAGCAACUCGCUCCCCACCUGGCCGACUUCGCCUCGGCCUUCCUCCAAUCCAUGCAAAAGGUCAGCUGGACCGAUGAGAAAGGCCACGCCUACAAAGGCUUCGUCAACGUCGUCCUGGACAAUCCUCAAGCGCUGGAACACAGCUUGCUCGUCUUCUUCUCGGAAAUGGCUCAGGCUCCGGGUCUCUUCCUUACUAGCAUGCAGGACGAUGGUCCACUGAGCGGCUUCGAGCGGGUUCUGGCGCAGUACAAGCUGAUGAUUGGGGAGGGUUUCGAUGGGUUCUUGCACAAACUUCCGCCGCCGCAGGAGCAGGCUCUGCGCCAGCUGUAUACGUUCUAG